CAUUUUUUUUAUAAAUUUGAUAUUUCCGGGACGUUACAUUUUGAAAAUGAAAUAUUAUGGUAUUAUAAGUGAUGAUGAUGCAAAGUCAACAACUAUUUAUAAACGAAAAGAUGAAUGGUGGUUAAUACCAACGCAUUUCGAUGUACUUGGGGCUCGACAAGUCUUUCCAUCCUUGGGCGAAUUUUUUCCAGCCACCUUUAACAUUAGUAUAAGGCAUCAUCGCAACUACGCGGCUUUAUCAAAUAUGGCGGUACAAAAAGUGGAAAUUAAUAAUGCAGACAUGGCGCUCACACACUUCGAAACCACACCUGUAUUGCCCACUUAUCUCAUAGCAGGGAUGGUGACUAAUUUCUAUCGCAACUCUACUAAAAAUAUGAAUACAAAUGUGUGGUAUAGAAAUUGUUCCGCAAUGCACAUGGUAUUUGCACAGAGAGCUAUCGAACGUAUCACAUUGUCCUUGGAAAGCGAAUGGAAACUAAGGGUAAUUUCAAAAUUAGAUCAUGUUGCGAUUCCAAAGUUCCAAGACAAAGGUAUGGUAAAUUUGGGAUUAGUUCUUUACAGAGAGGAAGAUAUUAUCUAUGAUGAAAAGUUAGAUUCUGCUGCGCGUAAAGUCGAUGUAGCCCGCAUAAUAGGAUUUAAAGUGUUACAGGAAUGGUUUUACAAUAUUUAUGAGUUAGUUCGGACAUCAUACAAAUCAUUUUGGUUUAACGAUUGUUUUAUUAGAUUCUUUGGAACAUAUACCGUCCAUAAGGUUUUCCCAGAAUUACGGAUAAUGGAUUUGUUUGUGAUACAAUUUCAUCACGAAUCUCUUGAUUUCGACACUAAUUAUGAUACUUUUCCGUUCAACGAUUCUUUUGAGUUUCCCGGUUGCAUUAAAGUAUCUAUUAUGUUGCGGAUGUUGAAAAACAUACUUACCGAAAAGAUAUUUUGGAGCGCUAUCCGCACAUAUAUAAAUAACGAUCCAGAUUACAAAAAUUUGGUGAGAUCUUUAAAUGAAAGUAUGGAUGGCACAAUUCUAAGUCUUAGUACAAUGGAAAAAUACAAAUCAGAAUUAUUAAACAUGAUUCAUAUAAAUGAUUCAUGGACAAAGCAAAACGAUUAUCCUACUCUAAAUGUCAAACGAGAUUAUAAUCAUCCUUACGGCAAGAUGGAACUGUUAAUAGAAAAUUAUAAUGCAUCAUAUCAUUAUUGCAUAUUUCUGACCUAUACUAUACAAACAGAUCUCAAUUUUGACGACAUUUCAUUGCCUUAUUUGCUAAACGAAACGAGGCCUUUCUUUUAUUUAGAUACCAAAGAAGAUGGUUGGGUGAUAUUCAAUCUACAACAAAUUGGAUAUUAUCGAGUCAAUUACGAUAUCGAGAACUGGAAAAGAAUUGCAAAUUAUCUAGCCUCUGAAAAUUACAUGAAAAUACACGUUCUCAAUCGUGCUCAAAUUAUCAAUGAUGCUUUUCACUUUAUGAUAACAAAACAACUCGAUUCCUCUAUAUUCUGGAAAAUUACAGAAUAUCUGGUACGAGAAACAGAUUACGUGGCAUGGUAUCCUAUGUUCAAAGCUAUGGAAUACAUGUCGAGUGUCUUUCCACUUCCAGGAGAAAAAGCUAAUAAGAUUAAGAUAAGAAUGCGGAGCAUCUUACGUGGCGUGCUUCAAGAACUUAAAUACGAAGAAAUUGCUAAUGAAGAUGAUUUUAGAAAACGUUUAAGACAAGAGGCUGCAAAAUGGGCGUGUUCUCUUGAUGACUAUAAAUGCAAAGAAACAGCCAGUCGUAAAUUGGAACGACAUCUUACAAAUCCCAAAAAGCACAAAAUUUUGCCGUGGUGGAAGGAAUGGACAUAUUGUAAAGGUUUGAUGUUAUUUUCAAAACCUAUUGAAUAUGAAAACCUCACUUGGUCGACAAUAUAUCGGAUGGGAAUGGACAAAUCUAAACCUGAAUUUUUAAAAUUUCUAGCUUGCCCUAAUGAUCCAGGUUUUAUUAUAAAUUAUUUAAAUUUAAUAGAUUAUCAAAUGAGGCUAGAUUUUGGUUUGGACAAUGAAAAUUACAGUAUCUGUUUUCUUUUUGCUAUUGCAAGACACGCAAAUAAAGAUGAAGUACUUAAGCACAUAUUAACUAAUUUUGAAGAAACAAAACCUGAAAAAAUUAGUACUGCUAUAACAUUAACAGUUCUUAUAAAUCAUUUGUAUUCUAAGGAACAAUUUAAAGAGGUAGACAAGUUUUUGAUUAAACAAUUGAAGAAAGUAGAAAGUUAUGCAUUAAAGAGAUUUGAAAAAAGUUCGGGAUCUAUAUAUGAGGAUUUCGAGAUUGAUUCGAUAAUGGCAAGAGAAUGGGAAAAAGUGGAACAACAAAAUAGAAUAAUUCAAAGCAAGCUAGACAUACGCUCUCACCAAAUUGAAUCUCAAAUAAAGUAUCUUGACACAAUUUAGUACCAUAAGACUUAUUUAAUAAAAAACAAUAAUAAUGAUAUAUAUAUCUAUAUCUGUGUAUAUAUCAAUCUAUCUGUUCGGUAAAUAUUUUUUUAUACGUAUCAUAUUUUAUAUUUUAAUUAUGUAUAUUUAAAUGCAUUAAUGAUACUCGAUGCGUUUGCAUUAAUAAAACUAUUUUAUAUGCAUGCGGUUUAGAGAUCUUUUUUAUCGUUCUGUUAAGCUGAAAUAUUUAUCAUACAAUUAAUUAUAUAAAUGAAAAAGUACAAUUUUUUACUAUGUAAAUUAAUAUAUUUUUUAAAUGUUAUAAAAACAAAUUUGUCUGCUGAAUAUAAACAUGCUGGAUCAUUAAUAUAUCGAAAUGUACCAUCUGUUUUAAAUUAUAUUUUGGUUUUUGUCUAUAAUUUCUGUUAUAUCUGUAAUAU